AUGUGGCUGAGUGCCAGUUCCCCGCUGGAGGACAGUUUGAGCUCCUUUCAAGACAACGGAGGAACUGUGACCGUCACUACAGAUAGGCCACCGGGAAUUUUCAGCUGGGGCGCACCAAGCACCGUGAACUACACUGCGACAGACGCCGCCGGAAACAGUGCGUACUGUACAUUCAAGGUCAUCGUGAAACCCCACAAGUGUCCCUACAUCCGUCCUCCUUGGAAUGGUUACCUGGUGUGCGAUGCGGAUGAUCAGCGUUGUAGUGUAUACUGCCAGAACGGCUACGACUUCCACACCAAGCCUGCUCCUAUGUACUUCUGCAAGCAAACGAACGAAGGGGGAAAAUGGGACACUCGUUCUAGAGAUCGAUUUCCGAUUCCGUGGCCAGACUGUGCAGUCAAUUGCCCUGUGGGGACCUACUACUACGAGAGCACGUGUGUGGCGUGCCCUAUAGGAACGUACUCCGACAAGGAAGCGGCCGAAUCCUGCUCUCCAUGCCCGGACAACAAGACUACGCUGGAGGGAAACACGGGCUCAGUGUCUGACUGCCUAGCGCUGUGCACACCUGGCACGUGGUCGAGGACCGGCAAGGAGCCUUGCAUAGCGUGCGACCCGCACUCCUACCAGGACCGAGUUGGCCAGCUUUCCUGCAAGAAGUGCACCCUGGGCUUGUCGACGGGAUACUGGGGUGCUAGCUCUUCUUCCGAAUGCCAAGGUGUUUGCGACCCCGGGACGUACUCGGCAAAUGGUCUGGCACCGUGCAAGCCUUGCCCCCUUGGCAAGUACCAGCCGUCCGCGAACCAGACUUCGUGCCUAAAGUGCGACGAUGGGCUCGGAACGCAUGCCGUUGGAUCGAUGAAUGAAUCUGACUGCGUAGGCAAGUGUAUUUCUCUUCCUUGGCUAACUGCGUUCAACCCUUCAGCGCUCAGCUACUGCAGCGAGAUGCAGCCGUGCGCCAACGGGUCUACGUGCGUGGACGAAGCGAACGGAUUCCGGUGCGUGUGCCCCGAGGGGCUGCGCGGACCGCGCUGCGAGCAGGACGUGGACGACUGCGAGCCGGGACUGUGCCUGAACGGGGGCACGUGCGUGGACGGCUUCAACGCGUUCAGCUGCCUCUGCCCUUCCGGCUACGCGGGCACUGCGUGUGAGAUCAACGUCGACGACUGCGCCUCAGCGCCCUGUUUCAACGGCGCAACCUGCAUUGACGGCAUCGACACGUUUGCCUGCAAGUGCGCUAAGGGUUUCACGGGCAAGCUCUGCGACGCGACGUUCCACGACUGCACCACGAAACCAUGUCGCAACGGAGGCUCGUGCUUCGAGAGUGUCACGGGAUUUCGAUGCUGCUGUCCGAAAGGAUUUCGCGGCAAGACUUGCGAGCUAGCGGAACACGCUUGCUUGCCCAACCCGUGCCAGAACAACGGCACCUGCAAAAGGAAAGGCGACUCGUUCCAGUGCGCAUGCGCGCCGGGCUUCGGGGGCCGUCGCUGCGAGAGGAAGGUGGACAACUGCGCUUCGGCGCCGUGCCUCAAUGGUGGCAUGUGCGUGGACGGACCCGCCUCUUUCUCGUGCCGAUGUAACGGGCUAUACACGGGGGCCACUUGCGCGCAGGUCCUGUCGUCGCAGUUCACGCUGAACUUUCGGGAUGCCUCCGUGCUGAACUACGCUGCGGUUCCCGUACAGCGCUACCUCCGCGCCCUGACGCUCUCCUUCCACAUGAAGACGACUCAAACUAAGGGGCGCGGUACGGUGUUCUCGUACGCAUUCGUCAACCUGCGCACCAAGCAAGUCCAGGACAACGCCUUCACCAUCUCCGACCCCAAGAAGCUGCUUCUUUACGUGUAUGGCGAGAGCUACGAUACCAAGGUGGUCGCAAACGACGGCCAUUGGCACCACUGCGUGGUUACUUGGGAGAGCGCGGACGGUCAGUGGAUCUUUUACUGGGACCAGCAAGAGAAGAUGCGUAACUACAGGGCUACCGGUGAGGUCGUUUUCCCUGGAAUGCUCGUGGUGGGACAGGACCAGGACGACGUGGGAACGGCUUUUAGCGGCGUCGAGGCCUACUCCGGACAUGUGGCCGAGCUGAACGUGUGGGAUUACGCCAUGUCGCCUAGCGAGGUCAGGGAACUAUCGCAAGCAUGUCGGCUAGCGGGCAAUGUCGUUUCAUGGCCUGAGCUGCGCCUCGCUGCCACAAACGGCAUUGUGAUCGACGACGACUGGGAGCUCUGCAAAGACACCUACAGCGGCCAAGACAAGAAGCAGGCCGUGUCCUGCCACAGCGCAUCUGCCUCCUUUGAGAACCGUACAAGUUGUUCCAGACGAGUGGAAUCCUGCAGCGCGAAUCCAUGCAAACACGGUCAGCCGUGCAUUGAAAGGAGCGACGGCGCGUCGGAGUGCGUCUGCAGCGCAUCGUACGAUGGCAGAUUCUGCGAGUACGACGUUGACGAGUGCUUAAUAGGAAGACACAACUGUUCCCACGUAUGCAUCAACAUGCCCGGGUACUAUAAGUGCGCAUGUCCAGAGAGAAUGACCCUUAGCAACGAUGGCAUCACGUGUGUGGAUACCAGUUAUUGCAUCGAUGUUUCGUCGGCGUAUGUGGACGGAGAGUCGUGGAAUCGUGGCUGUGAGACCUGCAAGUGUGACAAGGGAGUGGUGCAGUGCUCGCCUUUGGUAUGCCCAGCGCUGACCUGUCCCGCUGGAGAAAUUCUGUUCAAGAACCCGUCUCAGUGCUGUGGGUCCUGUAUCAAAGAACCGCCGAAAUGCACCCUGCUGCCAAACAGCACUCUGGUCACUUUUGAUGGACUCUCUUUUUCGCUGAACAAGAAACGCAAUUAUACCGUAUUCCAAGACUGCUACCACGGUAAAUUCUACGGCUAUCUGACCCUCGUGGGAAAGGAGGUCGCGGUUCGCGUGUACAUACACUGCCUAACGGCCACGCUGUUCGCCAGCGGUCGGGCGUUGGUAGACGACCGCGACGUCCAGCUGCCGCACCACGAGGACACCAUCAUGUCCAUCGACUUCGGCAAUGGCAGCGAAGCGGUGGAGCUGCGCACUCAUCACGGUCUGGUGGUCGCGGUGCGCAAGGACGGUGCCAUAGUGACGUCACUUCCGGACGGAUGCGCCGGCCAAGUGUGCGGCCUGUGCGGGAAUGCGAACGCCGACGUCCGAGACGACUUCACCACCAAGCACCACGUCAGCGCCAAAAGCAAAUCGGAUUUUCUCGCCAGCUGGAGUCUUCCCACUCCCGUUGAACGGCGGCAAGGCCAAGCGGCUCCAGCGUGCAAAAAUCGACCAGCCCAUGUCGCUGCGAGAGUUACCGAGAUGUGCAGAUACAUGAAGAAUGACAGAAAUCUACAAGUCUGUUUCAAGAAUCUCAAGAAUUCAUGGGUGUUCCACGAAAUCUGCUCCCAGCAAAUGUGCUCUUGCUACGGAAGCGCCUUCUGCUAUUGCGACGUCUACGCUGCAGUGAAACUGGCCUGCGAGCAGCACAACGUGUCAUUGAGCCACCUGCCAGGCAAAGCUUGCGAAGGACGCUGUCCGCGAGGUAUGGAGUUUCACACUUGCGGCCCCGUGGUCAUGCCUCGAUGCUCCGUGCGUAAGAAGAUUGCCGACGGACCGUGCGUGCCCGGCUGUUUCUGUCCUGCGGACCGAGUCUUGCACCGCGGGAGGUGCAUAAUGAAGAACGAGUGCCCGGCGGAAUCACUGACGCAGUUUGAAAGGACUUAGCCGAUCACCGCGACGAAAAACAUCGAACCUGCCAUCUCAUCUUUGUUAUUGGUGCUCAUCUUUGGAACAUCGGCACCUUCUUGCGGAAAAAAAGUGCUGUUGCUUUAAAUGAAAAAUUUAUGAUUCUG